AUGGAACAACCAAAAUGUACCAACUUCGUCAAGCCCAAACCAAUAGAACCCGCAGAGAGACCAUGGCCGCUCCUUGACAGUGGUCAAACGGUGCCAAUGCCCUAUGGAGAAUUCCACAAAGAGACAUUUGGAAAAGUCAAGUCAAUAAUGGCCGACUAUGGCAUGCUAAACGCCAUCUUGAUAAGAUCCGAGGGCGUUAUACGGAAGAGAUGGACAAAGAAGACGCGUACUCAACGUAAAGCUAUUCUUGAACGAUCAUGGCACACGCAAAUGCCACACCAGCAUCGCCCAGACCUUCGCGACUACUACAGAGUCCAAAGACGAGAUUUCAGCGAGGCUUCCACUUCCACGAUCAGAGAAGAUGUAUACAAAUGGCCAUAUAUCAAUACAGAGGACCUCGUGACUCCAACACAUGUUUUACAGCUUCUGAACUCUCGCGGACGGUAUACACCCAACAAUUUUGCCGAGAUGGAUUGGCAAAGCUCAGAGCUCGGUCGCAACAUCAAUGUUAUCAAGGUGCGUCCGAUAUAUUACGACCCAAAUGACGAAGGCCAACACAAAGCUGUAUUGGAAGACGAAUCCAACGGCAAGGAACCCGAAGAUGGGGAAGUUUCACGUAGUUCGGAAAAUGAGACAGUACGCGAAUGGCAAGAUAAAUACAAACCCAGCGAAUGGGGUUACUAUCUGAUGAUGCAUCCUACUGAUCUACAAGAAUACGGGCUUCCGGUCAAGCUUCCGGUCGCUCUGGAAUCUCAAAAACACGUGAGGCGCGCGAGCGAGGCUCUUAUCGUCCUACAGAUACAGCAGCCUCUGAUGGCCUUCCUCGUCAAGAUCUGCCUUGAGCUACUUCCCGACGUAGAAGGUGGUCUGGACGGGUUCAAGGCCUUCUUCCAAGCCCCCGAACAACCCGAGCCCCCCGAAAUAAGAACGACAAAAGAGGAUGGAUGGGACUCGGCUUUCGCACUAGCCCAAGACAUUCCAUAUACCGCCCCACAAUGGGAAGACUUUCUCAAAAUCAUGUCCUCUAUAGCGGCUAGAAUACACGAGUGGAAGGACCAUGCCUGGGCUAUGCGCGAUGAUCCAUCCUAUUUCACUAAUGCUGUUAGCGAGUUCUGUAAGUGCGAGGCGCCGUGA